AGAAUCCGCUCCCAGAACAUCGUGCCCUGCACCGUGUCGCAGCUGCUGGCAGCAGAGCAGGUGGAGGAGAACUUCCGAAUCCGCAACAUGGACAUCUCCCAGGUCACCAUUAUGGGGAUAAUUCGGCACGCUGAGAAGGCACCGACCAACAUUCUCUACAAAGUGGAUGAUAUGACAGCAGCCCCGAUGGAUGUCAGGCAGUGGGUUGAUACUGAUGAGGCAGGUGGUGAGAAUGUUGUGGUACCUCCAGGAACUUACGUAAAAGUAACGGGCCACCUUCGCUCUUUCCAGAAUAAGAAAAGCUUGGUGGCAUUUAAAAUAAUGCCUCUGGAAAACAUGAAUGAGUUCACCGCACACAUACUAGAGAUUGUCAACGCACAUAUGAUCCUCAGAAAAAACCUUAUGUCAGCACCAAGAAUGCCUCAGUCGUUCUCCUCCGCCGGGAUUGGUGACGUGGGGGGCUACGGAGGAGGGGGCAGCCUACCAGUGAACGGACUGACAGCGCAUCAGAGUCAGGUGCUGAACUUGAUUAAAAACUGCCCUGUCCCAGAAGGCAUGAGUCUGCAAGAGCUGAAGGUUCAGCUUCACAACAUGAGCAUGUCGACGAUCAAGCAAGCUGUUGAAUUCCUUAGCAGCGAGGGACACAUCUACUCCACGGUGGAUGAUGAUCACUAUAAGUCAACAGAUGCUGAGUGA